AUUGGCGUUGAUGUUGAAAUUAAUAUAUCCCUAGAGCAUUUUGGGCAAAGUUUGUAUUCACCGUUGAUUAUGAAUAAAAGGCGUUUACAAACAGUGAUCAUAUUACAAGAAGUGAAUGGACGAACGGGAACUGGAGUUAUCUUCAAUUUAGAACAGCUUAUCUUAGACCUUUGGAAAAACUUGUACGAACGUUUGGCUGAAACAUUCAGAUGUCUUUUGAACGCAUUACCAGUAUAUCUUGGAGGUACAAAUAAAACCUGCUACAAACAGUAACAGCAAAAGAUUUUACUUCCCAAAAAUUUUAUAAAACAAAACAUAUCAGUUAUAAAUAAAAAAUUUAAA